CCUUCUUCUCUUCUUCCGAGGCGGUGAACGGUAUCGACCUCUGUUUCCAUGGAUGAAGCCCACUGCGGUGUGAUUCUGGACAAGAUACUGAUGAUUACGUCUCGGAUCUGUUCGUCAUCUUUUUCUUUCAGGCCUUGUAUUUUGUCUUUAUCUGCGCGCAUCAUGCGCCGAUCUCAUCCUCUGAGCUGCACGGCUGUGGGUCAUACAGCAGGAAGGCAGACGAGAGGGAGAGGGAGACGAGCAGAGCCACAUCAAACUGUGAAAUAAAGAGUUUAUUACGACCAAACCAGAGUUGGUGAUUGUUGGAAAGACUAACGACGACAGUAUUGGUGAGUUUUAUUUUGUUUCUGUCCAGUUUGAAUGCAGUGUUUUAAGACGCUCCACCACUAGAACAGCUGAUCUCAACAUAAAGAAACACACGUGGAUGAUGACGCAGUGAACUCAGCUACAGAGCUACUGUACUAAUGUGCUGAGUGGAGGGGGAGGGUUUAUUGUACUCGGUUAAAGUACAGAUCAAUCUUACCUAAUGUGAAAACGCCCUUAAUCUUGUUUGAAUGUUAACUUUACAAGUAAACUUCGGGGCUUUCUAGCUAAAUCAAUUUUGUUGUUUGUGGGAUUUUUUAAAGCCAAAACAGAACUAUUGGAUCAAAUACUCGAUGAAACUAUGUGAUAGCUCGUGUUAUCAUGCUUUCGACUUUGGCUGUCUUCGGGUAUAUUGCUGCACUCAUGGCACCAGCGAUGUGCUGUCUUCCUAAAGAAUAUAAAACAAUGAACGGGGAAUGCUGUCCUAUGUGUCACGAAGGUUCAGUUGUUCGAAGGGACUGCACAGAGCAGUCAGGCACACGGUGCAUCCCCUGUGUGAAUGGGACUUAUAUGAACCAACCCAAUGGCCUGAGUAACUGUUUCCUCUGCACCUCCUGUGACCAAGGUCAUGGUCUCUUUUCCCAAAAGUGGUGCACAGCCACAACUGACACAAUUUGUGAUGUUUUAAGUGGCUAUUUCUGCAAAGAUUGGAUGGAUGGUUCAGGAUGUAGUUUAGCAAAAACACACACUCCAUGUCCACCUGGUCACAGGGUUAAAGAACCUGGAACCAGCAGAACUGAUACAGUGUGUGAACUUUGUCAGCCAGGCCAUUUUUCCCAGGAUGGCCUGAAUUGCACGGCUUGGACUAGUUGCUCAGAAACCCAAGUAGAGAUCAAAGAAGGAAGCAACAGCAGUGAUGUUGUCUGUGGAGCUGCUUCAAGAGAGCGUUUCUAUUAUAUACCUUUUAUUAUGGCCACGCUAUUAUCAUUAGCACUUGUGAUCGCAGGCACACUGUCUCAGAAAAACAGAGACCUCUGCUCAGUCACAUUGGCCCACAGAAAGAGACUCGCCAGGCUGAAUGACGCCGUCCGGCACUUCGGGAUCCAGCUGUCCAGACCAGAGCCAGCAUGAACUCAGUCACAUGAUCCUGGAGUCCUUAUUUCAGUCCUGUGGAUUUGUAUUUUACACACACAGAGUUUUGAGAAAAACUUUCCACCAGCCUGAUGAAAAUCCAGAAACAACCAAAGGCAUCAUGUCUACACAUGUAUGUACAUUCGUGGACGCCAUAUCUCAGGAAUUUCUUCAAAUUUGGUGUAAACUUGGAUUCAAGAAUGAACUGAUUGGAUUUUGGUGGGGAAAGUUCAAUGUCUAACAGGAUAAAAUGUUGAAGUGAUGACAUGUUGGACAGACGUGGAUAUAAACUGCAUCUUGACUGGUUGGUGGAGGCAUACAAGCGCAAGGUGGUAAUUGCAGUUAUUUUUACAAUUCAAUUAUCACGCCCAUUACAUACACUUUCAACAUAAUUUAUCAUUGUUUUUAAUUAACUACUGAUUUUUCAAUUAAAUGAAAUAUUAUGAACUUUGUUUUACUUAAAUUCAAUGGUAACUUGUUAAUAUCAAACCAUUUCUUUAAGGCUUUUAAUUCCCUUUCCGCUGUAUUGAGGAGCUGUUCCAAACUUUUGCCGGAGCCGAACACAGCACUAGCUAAGCAUAACAAUUGUGCAUUUUGUGAUAAAAGCAACAAAUUGGUCACCACUAUAAGUUUAUAUAAUUUGACCUAAUAUACAGUAUAACAUCUGUAGCGAGAUUGGUGCGUGCCACUCUGGGAAGCAUCUUAUCUCGUCUUGCAUCUACUGGGAAGAGAAAAACACAUUCUUGUGUCCAGGAAGAUUUGGUCACUGACAGAUGUUUCAAUUUG